UCGUAAGCUUGACUUCACUAUUGUACCGCACAGUUUCUUUCCGGACAGUGAUAUAAAGAAAAAAUAUUCAUAGCACUAGCUUUAUUGCGUCGUAAAAGAAGUGUCGCGAGCCCACGGAAUCUUUUAUCUUAAUCGGCAGAGAUAAAGAAGGGAGUAGACGCCGAGAUCUCUGCCAUAAACGGCCAUUUUUCAAAAAUCAUUUGGUACGUUUCUAGGACUGAAUCGAGGCGUCCGACGCAACAUCAGGUCGAUUUUUGAUGAAGAACCGCCUUGAUGUUGUGUCUGGAGGGCCCGAUUAUCGGCGACGGUUACAGCUUAACCAACGCAGAAAAGCAAUUUUUCUGAAACUGUGAGAUUUCGAACAUUUAAUAGGAUGGCACCAACCGUUACGGAUGAUGGUGAAGCGGUGGACGAUAGGUUUUUCGGCGAAGGUCCGCCUGAUUUUCCUCAUGACGACUGUAAAUUACUGCGCUCUAGAAUGAGGAAAGAAGAAGAUCCAACGUCGCCAGACCACUUUCGUGAAACCGAAAAUAACCUGUUCGAAGAGAAGCUGAAGUUGAAAAAGCCGAGGUUUAUCUGGAGGAAUGCCAUCGUACUGCUCGUACUUCACGUCCUCGCCGUUUACAACUUCUUCAACUACAUAACCAAAAUCAAACUUUUGACUUUUGGAUUCACUUUAUUGUGCACUGUGAUGGCCGGUCUAGGUGUCACCGCAGGAGCCCACAGGCUUUACACGCACAGAGCUUACAAAGCGAAACCUCCGCUCGAAGUUAUUCUUCUAAUUUUUUACUCGAUGGCAGGCAUGAAUACAAUGUACGAUUGGGUCCGGGAUCACAGGGUUCAUCACAAAUAUUCAGAGACAGACGCGGAUCCGCACAACGCCAAAAGAGGGUUCUUUUUCUCCCAUUGCGGCUGGCUCACGCAGACGAAGCAUCCUGAAGUUCUGAGGAAAGGUGCCCAAAUCGACAUGUCUGACAUUACUAACAACCCUCUCGUCAGUUUCCACCAGAAACAUUUCUUGAAGCUGCAGCUGUUAUUCUGCUUCAUAAUUCCGUCCAUAAUUCCUCCUCUCUUCUGGAACGAAAGCUGGGCAUUGGCUUUCUGGGUCAAUUCGACUGUUAGGUACUGCAUUGUUCUUAAUUCGACUUGGCUCGUCAACAGCGCCGCUCACAUUUACGGAUACAAACCAUACGAAGCCAACAUCAGCCCGACGCAAAAUUGGCUGGUCGCUUUCUUCGCGAUGGGCGAGGGAUGGCACAAUUACCACCACGUCUUCCCAUGGGACUAUAAAGCGGACGAGUUCGGACCCCACGCCCUCAACUUCACCACCUUCGUUAUCGACUGCUUUGCCAAAAUCGGCUGGGCUUACGACCUGAAACAGCCUUCGAAAGAACUCGUGUGGAGGACUGCGGUAAAUCGCGGAGACGGUUCACACCACUCUCUCAAAAAGAACAGCUAAAAACCCUGAGAAUGAGCUUUUAUCAAUUGAAGAAAUCGAUUGUGAUUAAUUGAUUUGUAUGAUGUUUUAAAGCGGUCCAAAAAGAUCAGGUAAAAAGCAAUUUUUGAUUUGCAUUGUGCUAUCAAAAUUGUAGACGCUUAACUGUCACCACCUUCCUUUUGCGUUUCAUGCACUUUCGUUAAAUUAUUUUAAAUUGUUAUGAUAUAUUUUUAUUCGUGUUCCUUUUUAAUUAAAAAAAUAAUGCCAAAUGUCUAUAACGAUUAAGGUAUAAUUUAAAAAAUAAUUAAAAAUUUGAAUCCGUUUCAAUUACUUAACGAGCAAGGGUGUAUGCAUUUAUUAUGUAAUUUCUCUAUUUGUAUAUUUUUUAAUUAUUUUUGUACGUCAUAAAUAUAUUUAUUUGUAUGAAC